AAACUCUUAAAUGGCACAUCAAUCAGAUAAAGGGAGAUAACUGCGGAGACAUCAAAGAUGGUAAAUUGACGACGUUUGGGAUUACUCUUUCAGCUGACGUUUUUACUUGUUUGGAGUUUAACAAUGCGGGUGAUUACUUGGCUGCAGGAGAUAAAUCGGGCCGCGUCUACGUCUUCAACAACUCCAAUCAGGCAGGUUCUGCGAAAAACGGUACAUACAGCAUCUACUGCGCGUUUACGAGCCAUGAGCCCGAAUUCGACUACCUAAAGUCUCUGGAAAUCGAGGAGAAAAUCAACGCAAUAUGCUGGCUUCCAUCGAUAAACAAUUCCUUGCAUUUGCUCUCGACAAAUGAUAAAGUCAUAAAACUCUGGCGGAUAAUACCAAGGUACCGGAAGUCCGACAAACUAACCAUUGAAGUCCGCCCUCGGCGAGUGUUCGCCAAUGCUCAUACUUAUCAUAUCAACGCCAUUUCGGUAAACUCCGACCAAGAAACUUUCCUAUCCGCUGAUGACUUGCGUAUCAAUCUCUGGCACUUGGAUAUAACAAACCAGUCUUUUACUAUAGUCGAUCUCAAGCCCGCUAACAUGGAGGAGUUAUCUGAAGUAAUAACCUGUUCACGUUUUCAUCCUGAGCAUUGCCAUCUGUUCGCUUACUCCACAAGCCGGGGUGUUGUCCGCCUUUGUGAUAUGCGCCAGAGCGCCCUCUGCGAUAACCACCUUAUGGUUCUGGAUGAUCCCGCCCUCUCCCAACAACGCGGCUUCUUUGCUGACAUCAUUGCCAGUCUUUCUGAUUUUCGUUUCGACCACUCCGGAAACUACAUCCUCGCGAGGGACUACCUCAACUUGAAGGUUUGGGACGUCAGAAAUGGUUCCCAGCCCUGUGAAGUCUACUCAGUCCACGAACCUCUCCGCUCACAACUCUGCAUGCUCUACGAAAGUGAUGGAAUCUUUGAUAAAUUUUUGUGCUCGUGGUCGGAAGACGAUCGACUACGUGAACACGAAAAGUUCUUCGGAACUAGCGCUUCGGACAAUUUGAAACAAACGAAGAAGUUGACGCCCGUUCUCUAUUUUCUUAAACCCUUUAUCCUUUUUUUCCAUCAGGUUGUUGUCGAUCUCGCUUCUGGCAGCACUGUAGUCGCAGGAAAGUCUUUCAACAAGGAUGAUGAUGAUGAAGAGGAAGAUGAGGUGGAGGACGAGGAGGCAGAGGAGGAGGAGGGGGAUGACGAGGAAAGUACCCAG